UUUUUUUCUUCAUUUAUUUAUUUUAUUUUAAUAUGGAUUUUGGAGAUAUUGUAGAUAUGGAUUGGCUAAAUUCUCAUACAAUUGACAGUACUUGUUUACCUUCUCCACCACUUUUAAAAGAAGAACAAGACGUGAACAUGGAUUUAAUAAGUAGUAGUCAGUCAACAACAGCUACUGAUAUGAGUAUAUUUAAUCAAGAUGCUGUUGUUAUACCAGACACGUCAAUAAUAAAUCCUAUUACUACUACUACUACUGCUGCUACUACUACUACUACUAUGACUAAAGAUAUGUUGAUUAUGCCUUCAACUGAACAAAUUAAACAGUUAAUAGAAUUAGCUAAAAAGCAUUUAGCUCUUCGAGAACAAUUAUCAGUAAAAUUACCAACUUCUAAACCUCUAUCUGAGCCGGAACAGCUUCCGUUAUCUCCUUCUUCACAAUCAGCAUCUACUAUAUUGUUUCCUACCUUGAAUAAUAGUACAAUAGCAUCAAACAUUCCUGACACUGUUUCACCUGAAUCUUUAAUUAAAUCUGAAGAGACAACAGGAGAUACGACUAUGAAUAACAGCAUAUUACUUGCUAAUAAUAAAUCAAAACGUGGCUCUCUAUCAAGUUUUCAUAAUGAAGAAGGUGCUGUUAUGUCUCUAGAAGCCUAUGCUGAAUUAGAUGGUAUUGAUAUAAAGAAAUUAACUUCAAAAGAAAGAAGACAGCUCAGAAAUAAAAUAUCUGCGCGCAAUUUUAGAGUUAGAAGAAAAGAAUAUAUCACAGCACUUGAAGGACAAGUAAAAGACCAUAAAAAAGCAAAUGAACAAUUAUUGCACAAAUUAAAUAUUGUAGAAGAAGAAAACAAACAAUUAAAGUUACAAAUCGAUUCAUUAAAACGUCAAAAUAUGCAAUUAAGCAACAAUAUUAGUGAAAAUAAAAAUCUUAGUAAUAUCCUUAGUCCUUCUACUGUAAAUACUGACACUUAUCGUCAAGAUUCUUCUAUUCUUGUCUCUUAAUAUUCCCCCUCUUCAUUUAUAUUACCCUACUGUUGUCCCUUUUUUUAUAUAUAUAUAUUUAUAUAUAAUUAUAUGUUUAAU